UCAAGGUCGCGAAUAGUCCUUAUCUUUGACCUUUUCUUUAAUAUAAGACCACAGUGACCUAGACAAUUAGUUGAAGAUUAGAUACAGAAAGAUGAAAGAAGUUUUAUAAGUCAUAUUUGCUAUCGUCUGUUCAGUAGCUAAUGCUGUGUCAGAUAAUGAAGAUGAUAUGCCAAAAAGACUUAGCGCCACUGAAAGUCUUGUUCAGGAACUUCUUCGUGAAGUGAACCUCUUGAAAUCUCAAGAUAAACAUCGGGAAAAGAAAGUUACUUACUUAGAGAAAGAACUACGUUUACAGCGUCAACGGAGCUCUAACUUGGAAAAUAUUGUUAAGAAGAUAUCAGUAUGUGAAAGAGAGCAAGUCAAAACUGACGAGAAAGCUGCAACUAAUAAGGAACAAGUUUCAGGUGCUUCAACAAACCGAAUACGCAGACAAUCAGUAGAAACUCCCGUUGCAUUCUUUGCAAAGAGAAAUGCCCAUCUUCAACAUGCCAGUGCUCACCAAACCGUUAUCUUUGACGCCAUCGUAACUAAUUUAGGAAAUGCAUACAACAGCAGUGCUGGUGUUUUCGUAGCCCCGGUGGCUGGAACAUACGUUUUUUCCACAACUCUGAUCUCUAUCAAUUUCCAAAGUGCGCAUGCGCAGUUCGCUGUAAAUGGAGCAGCUAUAACAAAUAUGUACGUUAGCCAAGGAGAUGCUACGACUGGGGAUGACACAACAAGUCAAACUAUUGUCCUUCAGCUACAGAAAGGUGAUGACGUAUCUAUCCAAAACAAAGAUCCUGACAGGGGUUUCCACGGUAUCAGUCAUAGCAUAUUUUCUGGCUUUUUACUGUAUGAAGAUUUCUCUAGCCCAGCUGUAGUUGGAAAAUAAUAAUGCAGAAAUAUC